AUGACUACCUCUGCUGCUCCAUCACACUAUUGUUCGCCUCAUGCUUUUCACCACCAUCCUUAUUCUGGAUACCGAUUCGAUGACAAUCGCCUGUACACUUACCAUGGCUCCUUGGAAGAUUCUCUAGACGACGAAGACCAGCUGCCGACUAUCAAGGAAUUUGGGGCAAUUAUCGCCGAUUACCUCAACAACCUGAGCCCCAAGAAACGGGACAAGGCUCUGGUCGACCACCACCGAUAUAGUCUUAUUCAGCAGGUUCUCAACGAUCCAAGAAAUACGGCAAUUUCGACGGCUCAAUUUCGGUUCUGGGUAAAAAAGAUGUUUUCACUUCACCCUGGGACGACUGAUCUUGUGUGCCAUGACAACAAGCCGGUUGCUGUCAAGGAAGAUAUUUAUGAGAUCCUUGUCAAAGCACAUCGAGAAGCACACCAUGGUGGUCGAGACAAGACAUCUGCAUUGGUUCGUAAACGGUAUUCCUGGAUCCCUAAAGAACUGGUUGCUAGGUUCGUCCGUCAAUGUCCGUUUUGUGUGACUCGAAGAACAAGUGGACACAGUGUUACUAUGUUUGCGUCCAGAACAUCCAGUCCUCGCGAGGUCUAUGCUCGCAACAGUUUCGGCCAUGAAUCGGCUGCUUAUACGGCCCCAUCUAUCCGAGAAGACUGUGAAUUUUCAUCUUCGCCUGGGCCUCCCUCUGCUGAAUCUGGAUAUGAAUCCGCACCUUAUUACUACUCUGGUCUUCCAUCAGCCGCAUCGCCACUCGAUCGACCGUAUUUUAAUAACUGCGAUCCCAACACAGGAAGCCACUACCUCUACGACCAGACCAACAAUCCAAGCAAUCCAAACCACAAUUCCAACAACCAUACUCACACACAUAACAACUCGAGUAACAACAAUAACAAUCCUGAGUUUCUCGGCUGUCCUUCUACGUCGUCUUCUUCUUAUCAAACCCCUUAUGAAUCACAGUUGCAGCAACACACAGUACAGCCUGCAGCAACCAUGUCGCCUGGCUAUUCAAUUCGAUCACUUCUAGAGCAGCAGCCUGUCCAUCCUCUUGCUCAGUCCAUCACAUCCCACACCCCACACAGCUCGAUGCUCCUAAGUCAUCAUAACACCUAUGCAGUAUACCCAUCUUCAUCGUACAGUCAGUCUCAGCACUGUUCAGAUUUGCCUGGGAUCGUCUCAUAUGGUACUGAAGGCGAUACUCAAUCUAUCACGGGGCGUGUAGACAAAGGACAUUUUAUGCAAUCGCCUCCUGCGACCUCUGUAAAUACUCUAGAUAUGCUAAACUAUCGGCAAGAUCAGCUGUCGUAUAUAACAUCUCAAGUCCAACCAGCCGAUUCAUUUGGCCACUACCAGACAAUGCCUAUGCCCAACCCUUCUUUUGGGAAUGAACUGUGA